UGCGGCCCACCCAGCUUUUCUUGGGCCAUUGCCCCUCCCGCAGGCUGUUGCCCCUCUCCGGUGCAAAACGCUAGACGGGAACCGCUAAGGUGACGCCAGGGAGCAGGAUUCAAGGCAGUUCAGUCCAGGUGCUUUCGGCUUCUGCCAAACGGAGGCUUGCUGGGUCCUGCACUCGCUCUCCCACGGAAGUGUGUUUAGGCGCACCGGAAGCCACUCGGGGGGUGAGCCAUGGCGGGUUUGCCUGUUAGAGAUCCUGCGGUGGAUCGUUCUCUGCGCUCUGUAUUCGGAGAAAAGGUGCGUGGAAACAGAGCGUCCCUGUUCCGUGCUGCUUCUCCUAGCCCAAAAUACAGGUUUUAUUCUGAAGCCAUCGACCCCCAUAUCCACUUCCCGCCCUCUCAUAAACGCGUAAUAUCGCUUGCUUUUUACUUGUAACGUUUCAUCCAACCAUAGUGGUAGCGGCCACCUGGCAUCUUGAGUGGGAAACAUCCCCUAUGAAGCUACCGAAGAACAACUGAAGGACAUCUUCUCUGAGGUUGGGCCUGUUGUUAGUUUCAGAUUGGUAUAUGAUAGGGAGACAGGAAAACCAAAGGGUUAUGGCUUCUGCGAAUACCAAGACCAAGAGACAGCACUUAGUGCCAUGCGGAACCUGAAUGGGCGUGAAUUCAGUGGGAGAGCGCUUCGAGUGGAUAAUGCUGCCAGUGAAAAGAACAAAGAAGAACUGAAGAGCCUUGGCACUGGUGCGCCUGUCAUAGAGUCACCUUAUGGAGAGACCAUCAGCCCUGAGGAUGCCCCUGAAUCUAUUAGCAAAGCAGUUGCCAGUCUUCCGCCAGAACAGAUGUUUGAGCUGAUGAAACAAAUGAAGCUCUGUGUCCAGAAUAGUCCCCAGGAAGCACGAAACAUGUUGCUUCAGAAUCCACAGCUGGCUUAUGCUUUGCUACAAGCACAGGUAGUGAUGAGAAUUGUGGAUCCUGAGAUUGCCCUGAAAAUUCUGCAUCGCCAGACAAAUAUCCCAACGCUGAUUUCAGGCAAUCCUCAGCCAGUCCAUGUUGCCGGGCCUGGCUCAGGACCCAAUGUUUCAAUGAACCAGCAGAAUCCUCAGGCCCCUCAGGCACAGUCUUUGGGUGGAAUGCAUGUCAAUGGCGCACCUCCUCUGAUGCAAGGUUCUAUGCCAGGUGGAGUCCCAGCCCCAGUACAAAUGACAGCUGCUGUAGCAGGACCUGGCCCUGGUUCCUUAGCCCCUGCAGGAGUCAUGCCGGCCCAAGUUGGAAUGCAAGGAGGUGGACCAGUGCCCAUGGAACGAGGACAAGGAAACCUACAGCACUCGCCCGUGGGACCUGCCGGGCCUGCAUCAAUUGAGCGAGUACAAGUGCCAAUGCAAGACCCCAGAGCAGCUAUGCAGCGGGGAGCCUUGCCUGCCAACGUGCCAACUCCUCGUGGUCUGUUAGGAGAUGCUCCCAAUGACCCACGGGGAGGGACUUUAAUGUCUGUAACUGGAGAGGUAGAGCCUAGACCCUACCUGGGACCACCACCACCACCUCAUCAGGGCCCACCCAUGCAUCAUGUUCCUGGCCAUGAAGGCCGUGGACCACCCCCACAUGACAUGAGAGGAGGUCCAUUAGCUGAGCCCAGGCCUUUAAUGGCAGAGCCCAGAGGACCCAUGCUAGAUCAACGGGGUCCACCCUUGGAUGCCAGAGGUGGAAGAGAUCCCCGGGGAUUAGAUGCACGAGGGAUGGAGGCCAGAGCCAUGGAGGCAAGAGGACUAGAUGCCAGAGGACUAGAAGCCCGUGCCAUGGAAGCCCGUGCCAUGGAGGCCCGUGCCAUGGAGGCCCGUGCCAUGGAAGCCCGUGCCAUGGAGGCCCGUGCCAUGGAGGCCAGAGGCAUGGAUACUAGAGGCCCAGUACCUGGACCUAGAGGACCUAUACCUAGUGGAAUCCAAGGUCCGAAUCCAAUGAACAUGGGGGCUGUUGUUCCCCAAGGAUCCAGACAGGUCCCAGUCAUGCAGGGAGCAGGCAUACAAGGAGCAAACAUACAAGGUGGAAGCCAGCCUGGUGGCUUUAGUCCUGGACAGAGCCAGGUCACACCCCAGGAUCAUGAGAAGGCUGCUUUGAUUAUGCAGGUCCUUCAGCUCACUGCAGACCAGAUUGCCAUGCUGCCUCCUGAGCAAAGACAGAGCAUCCUUAUCUUAAAGGAACAGAUACAGAAAUCCACUGGGGCACCUUGAAAGGUUCUCAAAAAAUACCUGGCAACAAAACUGGAAAUACAAUUCCAGAACAUUGUUGAAAUUUUAAAAACAUGGUGACAUCUGUGCCCUAGCCCCUCCAGAUGACUCAAAUUGGUGCCAGGUGGAGGACUUGCAUCACCAUUUCUCCAGAUGAAAGCAGUUCAUUUUGUUGUCUUAGUUUGUAUAUUUUCUGUGACAUUAAAUAAACUUUGAACACAAGUUUAACAUACUACAAAUUGAUAUACACAACCUUUUGCUUUUCAAAAGCUAAACAUCAAGGGUAAAAGCUUAGCUCUUUUCUACUCUUACUGCAGCAUUAUUGUUUAAUCUUAUAUUGCCAUAGCUCUAUUCUUACAUUAGCAUAAACAUUUAUUCUUACUGAUACUUGAGAAUUUCUCAGAAACAAUGUUUUUAGUAACUGUUUUUUGUUGAAUUUGCUUUCAGCAAGGUAAUAAGACUUUGCCCUUUGAAAAUGUUCUAAGGUCUCUGAAUUUUCUGGGAGAAACAAGCACGUGUUUAGAAGUAAAAGGAGAAGGCCAACAAGCAAAGUGUACCACAGCAGUGUGUUUUGUUUAAGAAAAGCCAAUUAUGAAAAUGUAUUGUUUUGUCAGUAGCAGGUCUGA